AUUAGCAGAGACGUCUCUCCUGCUUCCACUCAAUUUCUCUGCGUCUUAACUGUACUGCAUUACAUUCUACCCUGUCCAACGGAGCGGAGGCCCUUCUCGCUGAUUUGGAUCUACGCGGCCAAGGUUUAGCCGUUUAGGAGUAGUCUCUUCGAGCGAGCUUGCCUUUUCAUCCUGCAGUUUUCCUUUCUGUAAUCCCGGGAAGAAAGAAGAGCUAACGAGGCAUCUGAAACUGAAUGUUUCUGUCUGUCUUCAGAGAUGGGCUUGUAUUCAUUUUUCCUCCCCCUAAGAGAAUAGUUUCAAUCAUACUAUUCUUCUUCUUUUCUGUGUGCUUGUAGUGGCCCAAGCUCUGUAUUAUUCGUUCUUACACUUCUUUUUGGUUUUCAGUUAUUUGUCCCCCUGUUCCCUUAGUGCAUCUACUACUAUGCACAGGCUCACGAUUGUUUUUCUGUUAUCGAGAACACGGUAACAGAGGUUCCGCCCUGAGCUUGUUGCUGUCCCUAGUUGUUAACUGGACUCUCCAGUUAUCUCCGCCCAAGAAUCACAGUUAAUAUAGAGUGACUGCUUUUUUGAAAAUCUAUUGGUUGCCUAUUCCUUUUAUGCAUGGAGCAUAAUAGUGAUGAAGCAAUGUGUGCAUCUCGGCACAACUGUCGCCCAAAGGUUCACGGCACAAUGUGCAAUGAGCUGUCUUUGAUGUUAGAUAAAGUUUCCUCUAUUCUUCCAUCAAUUGAAGCUGCUCAACCAGGAUGCAAAGCAGGUGUAGAGGAACUAUGCAACCUAUACAGCAUAGUUGACAAAGGGAAACUCAUAAUCCAGAACUUCAAUGAAUGUAGCAGUCUUUACUUGGCUAUCACUAGUGAAGCAACUGCAAUGCGGUGCGAAAGGAUAAGGAACUCACUGAGGCGGAGCUUGUUCCUGAUCCAGAACAUGGUUGAACCAUUGUUAGCUAAUGAGGUGGCUGACGUUCAUAAUGAUCUACGAGAUCUGAAAUUCAUUGUUGAUCCAGCAGAAGAGGAUGCUGGAAAAGCAAUUCUGGAGAUGCUUCGGCAAUCUCAAGUAACCCAUGAACUGGAACUUGAGACCUUCCUGUUAGCAACUUCGAAAUUGAACAUUACAUCGCCCAAAGCUAUCUUAAUUGAAAGAAGAGCAAUCAAGAAAUUACUUACCAAGAUCAAUGGCACUGAUUCUAAAAAGGAAGGAAUCCUUAAGUAUCUCCUAUAUCUUGUUAGGAGAUAUGGGAAGAAUACCAAGCCAGAGACUGGUGAGAAGAAUAUGAAUGUGAAUGCUGCAAUUGAAAUCAUGAGUUCGGACUUAGUUGUUAAUGACAUAAGUACUCCUCAAAGAUGCAUUUCAAAUGUAGAGUCAGACAAUGUGAGAUAUGGCGAUCAGAAUAAUUUAGUUGGAACAGCCACACCGCCACCGGAGUUAUGCUGCCCAAUGUCUAUGAAGCUGAUGCGAGAUCCUGUUAUAAUAGCAUCUGGACAAACAUACGAAAGAGAAAAUAUAGAGAGAUGGUUCAACGAGGGAUAUGAUACUUGUCCUAGGACACAGAUGAAAUUACAAAACUUCAUGGUAAUUCCAAAUGCUUGCAUGAAGGCUAUUAUUUAUAACUGGUGCAAAGAUCACGAGCUUGACCAUAAUUAUUUGCCUGAAAGAUUUCAUAGUUGUUAUUCUGUAUCAAGUCUGCACAAUGUGUCGGCACCUCUAGUUACUAAAAAGAAUAGGGAUUACGUGGUUGAUUAUAGCAACUCAUCUCUUGGAUUAUCAGGUAGUUAUACAGCAUUCCUGAUGAGGGAAGCAGAGCAGUCAAAGGCUAGUUUUGAUCAGUAUUAUUCGAAUGCCAAUUACCAGUUGUAUUUGUCCUUCUGCAACUUUGACAAAGCAAUGUUCUUGGAUUUCUUCCAUGAGCUGUCUGAGCUUCCCUUGGAUCUGCAAAUCAAAGCUGUCAAAGAUUUGAAGACUGUUCUGAACGGUGAAAAACAAAUUUGGUAUUCUAUGGUCUGCAAUGGGUUUUUAGAAGCGUUCCAUGAAUUCCUUAAGAAUAAUAGUGGAAGAUACACACUGCAAGGCCGGAGAGCUGGAAUUCAGUUUUUUCUUGCUUUCCUUUCUAGUGGCAGGGCUCGAAUUCCUUCAGUUUGUGAAGAUGUGGUGGUUCUUAUUGCAUUAGUACUUGAUUCGGAGUUCAAAAGGGAAGCUCUUUUGGUCGUAAAUGACCUUCUCCAGGAACCAAGUUGUCAGAAAUCUAGUCUCCUGGCCUCUGUUAUUGCUCCAUUGGUGUUUGGAGCUUUGGACAGUGGAGAUACCAAGUGCCUGGACCUCGCUCUGAAGAUCAUCUGCAAGAUUUCAUCCGAUAAUGAUAUAAAAUCUUACCUUGUUUGCUCUGGCAUAAUCUCAAAAUUAUGUCCACUUCUCAGUGAAGGCAGGCUGACAGAGUGUUCUUUAAAUAUUUUACGGAAUCUUAGUGGAGUGAAUGAGGCCACAGAUUUUAUAAUCAGAACAGAUAAUUGCCUCAGUUCCAUUUCAGAUCUUCUGGACACAGGAAGCCACAGUGAACGAGAGCAUGCAGCGGUUAUCCUUCUUGCAGUAUGUUCUCACAGUCCUGAAAUUUGUUCACUUGCCAUGAAGGAAGGCGUCAUCCCAGCCCUUGUUGACUUAUCAGUGAAUGGAACUGGGUUGGCAAGAGAUUGCUCAAUCCAGCUGCUUCAACUUUUGAGGAACUUUAAGAGAUGCGACCAGUUCAGCAGUUCAUGUUCAAGGGAGGUAGCUGCCGAUCAUGUUGCUGAGAACCCAUCAAAUGAUUCAAUUUGCAAACAGCCAAUUUCGAAGUCUGCCCGCUAUAUUUCAAGAAAGCUCAACAUUUUCUCGAAACCGCGGUCACUCACCCUGGCCUGAGAAAUGGAAGGGGGUGCUUGGAUGAGUACAUUCUGCAAACUAACCGCCCAAUGUACAAAUGGUAGCAGUUAGCGUUGUCCAGAUGAAAUGCCUCAGGGAUGCUUUUAAAUCCACCAUGUGUUUCAGAAGAGUUUGUAUUAGGUUUUUUAUUUUCUUUCGCAAGCCGGCUUGUUGUCAAAGCUUGUUAAGCAUAUCGCAAAAACUUGGAGAGCCAUAUUGGAUACCUAAAAUCAAUUGUAAAUACAUCCUUACGUAUUUUACAAAACUAGAGUACCACUUUUUCUUGCUCA